UGUCAGCAACAGCACACCGGGGUUUAUUUUAAGCCGCGCGCAUAUUACACACACAAAUGUCGUCGUGACGGCAGUUGAAGCGGUUGUUUUGUUCUAGACUGGAUACGUUAUCGUUUUGUGUUUAAUUAAACAACCAAAUAAUUUUAUUUUUAAAUAAACACAUUUUUAGGUAUGAGUAACCGCGAUGCCUGAAUCGAAAGGUGAAAAUUAUGGGAUAUUUCCUCAAACGUUGAAGGUAAUCCAAGCUCGAAGAUGGGCGUCGUUGUUGAUAUUGAUGGUGUGUCUGUUGUUGGUGUCAGCGGCGUUUCUCCAGUUUUCCCGCUGGCCUGAUGUCCAGCAGACGUGGCCCAAACAGCGGCCUGGUCAGAGGACGUCUGCCUGCCCGGGCUGUUUUGUGGCCGAGUUUGACGUCAGCGUUGACAUCCCGGCGCUGUGCAUGAACAGUGACGUCACGCUGGUCAUCGUGAUUCAUGUCCAGGCGAAAAAUUUUGUCGCGAGGUCAGUGAUCAGACACACCUGGCUGGCAAGUGUCAGGGACGUGGGAGAUAAAGUCAGGUAUUUCUUCCUCCUCGGCCAGCCAGAGAACGAUGACGUCAGACAGGAUGUCCUCAACGAGUCAGAGCUGCACAAGGACAUUGUCCUGUAUGAGUUUGUCGACUCCUACAGAAACCUGACGCUCAAAACUGUCUUGGCCAUGCAGUGGAUUACCAGUCGUUGUCCUAAUGCGAGGUAUUUUUUUAAAACAGACGACGACGUAUGGGUAAACUUGACCAACCUGCUGACCGCUAUCAACAGCAACAAGAAAGUUCUGGAAUAUUCUCUCGGUGGCGUCUGCAGGUCAGUGCCAGUAGUCAGAGACACGUCAUCCAAAUGGCACGCGACCAAGGCGGAGUUCCCCAAGGACGUGUACGACCCAUACUGCUCGGGGACGGGCUAUGUGGGUGGGGCUGCUGUAGCCCAGGGCGUGGCACAUGUCUACACACAGGUUCCGUACUUCCACCUCGAAGAUGUGUUUGUUGGGAUGUGCCUGAAGGUGUUAGGCUACUCCACCACUCGUCUGCUUCAUUUUGACAACACGCAGGGGGCCUUCGCUCGACGCAUGCGCAGUCAAACAGAACGGCUUACGUCACAGUUCAUAAAAUCCCCCACCAAGAAAAUGAUAGAAAUUUACAGAAAAGACUGUUCAAAAUAAAACUAACACCAGUGAUGUUAUUCGAACAUUUACCAGAAAGAGAUUUCACAAGCAAGAGCUCGAACAUUGUGUUUCAAUAAAGGAAGUCACAAUUGCCAGGAC